CAGUUAUGUUAUAAUUAAUUAAUUAAUUUGGACUACAAACAACCCAGCUCAUACAAUGGCAUAAAAACCAUCAUUAUAAGUCCUCCGCGUCUGUCCAUGAAGUCCGUCAUGAAGCGACAUACAAGGAGUCUCGGCAAUAUAGCCGAUUUACAAUCAGAAAUAAUAAUUGAGAAUGGAAAUGUUGCUUCGAGUACAAACAAAAUAAGAGGAAAAUUUUCUAUAAUAAAAGAAUAUUUGAUCGACUACACCGCUUCUUCAAAUUUGCAUGGCCUUAGAUAUAUUGGAGAAAAACAGCGAACCAUCGUCGAAAAAAUAUUCUGGCUAUUUAUGUUCAGUUCGAGCGUUAUUCUAUGUUCUGUGUUGAUUCGCCAAAUAUGGAUCAGAUGGAAUGAAAGACCAGUCAUCGUAAGCUUUGCGGAAACUUAUACUCCAGUUUGGCAGAUACCUUACCCUGCAGUGACGAUCUGUGUCGAAACCAAAGUAAAGCAAUCUAAGUUUAACUUUACCGAAUAUUUCCGCCUUUAUAACGACCCCACUACCUAUGUAAAUCUAACGGUCGAAGAGCGCCUUUUAUAUGAAGACGUAAUGUUACUUUGCGAUGAACAUUUGGCACCACCUUAUGCCCGGAAAUUUUCCAUAGUCAAUGAGACAAUUGAAAAUUUAAGAGAGCUAGCUCCAGAUAUAUCUGAAACAUUCUCCGGUUGCAGUUGGAAGAACACUCCAACUAAAUGUUCUGAAUUGUUCUCAACCAUGAUCACUCAGAAAGGAUUCUGCUACACGUUCAAUAGUCUUGGCGCUGAAGAUCUGUUCAGGGUUGAAAAUUUACAUACAGACUAUGAACAUCUUGAAUACAGCAAAAAGAACGAAUCUUGGUCACUCGAGGGCGGCUAUCCUCCGAACACUCCGCUUGAAACCUAUCCUCAUAGAGGCUCUGGAUACGGCGCCAAAGCUGGAUUGUCGCUUUCACUAACAGUAAAAAAAAUAGAUUUGGAUUAUCUGUGUACAGGUCCGAUACAAGGAUUUAAGAUUUAUCUCCACAACCCAGCAGAGCUACCGCGUUUUUCCCAACAAUACUUUAGGUCUCCUCUCUCACAAGAAGUUAUUGUUGCUGUUAAACCUAAAAUGAUGACUACCUCCGAAGGUUUGAAGCCGUAUGAUGCUCACAGACGGCAAUGCUAUUUUCCGAGCGAGCGCUAUCUCCAUUAUUUCAAAGUGUACACACAAGCCAAUUGUGAAAUGGAGUGCUUAACCAACUUUACGUUUGCGAGGUGCGGUUGUGUACAUUUUGGGCUGCCACAUGGCCCGGACAUGGCUGUCUGCAACGCCGGUAGUGUGGCCUGCUUAACGAAAGCACAAAUGGAACUAGAGGCGAUCGAAAUAAAAUCGGCUUUUGCAAGCGAGAAGAACGCCAACGACACGAUGGGCGAAGCGCGAAAAGUAGCCGCGCGCUGCGAGUGUCUCCCCGCGUGCACGUCCAUUGAGUACGAGGCGGAAACGUCGAAGGAGGACUACGACUGGGUGGCUUUUCUCAAGGCGUUCGAAGUAUCUUCUGAGUAUCUACAAUCUUUUGUCCUUGCUCGAGUCCGAAUAUUCUUCAAAGAAAGUCAAUUCAUAGCAUCGAGAAGGUCAGAGCUCUAUAGCCGAACCGAUUUUCUGGCUAACUGUGGUGGACUGUUGGGUCUUUUCAUGGGCUUCUCUAUAUUGAGCGUUGCUGAAAUAUUAUACUUCUUUUCAUUGCGGCUAUGCUGUGUUAUUUGGAACAAACAUACCAAAAGGCAUAAGGUUGAAAACAUCGGAGUGCAACCUAAACCUGCAAAAAUUACAUACAUUUAUAUGGAUUAAUUUCAUUAGUACUCUCCAAAUAUGCACGAUACUUUCAAAAUUAUUUUACUUUACACUAAAGCUAAGGAUAGAUAUUGGGAUAGAUAUAGAAGCAUAUGCAUUACAGAAUUUUU